GUUUUUCACAUUGUUCCUUUCCCUAAUUUGCUAAUAUAGUAUUGUGUUUGUUGUGUAGAUCUCAAAACUGAGUAUGAUUCCAGUGGUUUGUGUGAUGGAGUGGAUCCUUCAUAAUAAACAUUACACGAGGGAAGUUAAAAUGUCCGUUGUGGUUGUGGUUAUAGGUGUGGGUGUUUGCACUGUGACUGAUGUCAAAGUUAAUGCCAAAGGUUUUGUGUGUGCUUGUGUAGCAGUACUAUCGACAUCGUUGCAACAAAUUUCUAUAGGUUCCUUACAGAAAAAGUAUUCAAUUGGAUCAUUUGAAUUGUUGAGUAAAACAGCUCCUAUUCAAGCACUCUCUCUCCUAUUGCUGGGUCCUUUUGUGGACUACUAUCUCAAUGGAAAGUUUAUAUCAAACUACAAGUGGUCCUCUGGUGCCAUUCUAUUUAUACUCCUUUCAUGCUCCCUAGCAGUUUUCUGCAAUGUGAGUCAGUACCUUUGCAUUGGACGGUUCUCGGCUGUUUCCUUCCAGGUCUUAGGUCACAUGAAGACAGUGUGUGUACUUACAUUGGGAUGGCUGCUUUUUGAUUCAGAGUUGACUUUUAAGAACAUCAUGGGAAUGAUGAUUGCAGUUAUUGGCAUGGUAAUUUAUAGCUGGGCGAUGGAGGUUGGAAAGCAGUCCACUUCCAAAAUCACAUCCCACACCAAAAACAGCUUGACAGAAGAAGAAAUCAGACUAUUGAAGGAGGGAGUAGAAAACACUCCUGUGAAGGAUAUUGAGCUUGGUGAGUCCAAGGCAUAGAUUGGCUUCCGGUUUAACGCAUGCCUUUGGCGGCAUAUUCAUCUUUCAGAACAUCAAUUCUGGACCAGGGUUACCCAAUAUUUGUUAUUUCCCUACUUUUUACUGUUUAGUUCAUCUCUUCCCCGGCCCCAAUUCUGCCGGAUUUAUGUGAAUGUGCAAAGAGAUCAGAUAAUGAAGCCAUGAUGGGAUACAGAGGUGUAGAAUUCAUAUGUACUUUCAGCUCUGAUUCUUUUGGAAAUUCUGUUUCCCAAGGUGUUCGGUUUUUGUUAUAACCAGCAAGAUUAGCAGUUAUCAGGCAGCAACUCAUCUAUAAGUGUAAUGUCUUUGGUCUGUCCUUUGCUUGUUUUCGUUUCCUUGUAAGAUUAGUGAGUUCUUCUAUAUUUCUCUAGGACGAACUUUAACUACACAGAAUCCAUCAUUAUUUUACUGUUCUUUUUUAACUUAUUC